UGGAGCGCGCUAGGAGGUAGAAGAGGAAAGUGGGGGAGGAGGACGUUGACAUGCGGGACACGGCGAGGGAGAAGAGGGCACGUCAGACGACGAUCGACGAGCUGUACGCAAAGGAGAAGUUGAGCGAGUUCACUGACGUGUGGCUGCAGUGGAUCUACGCGAAGGGGUUGCCGUUCAACGCCUUCAGAGGGCCGGAGUUCCAGAGGGUGCGUCAGGCGGCGGAGAGAGUCCCCCGCAACGUUCACUUCCAGUUUCCCUCCUACAAGGUUAUAGCGGGCGUCGGGAUCCUUUCGCAGAGGGGGAAGGUGGCGACGAUGGUGAGCGAGGUGCGGGGCGCUGUCCGGCACACCGGUGCCACCAUCCUCUCCGACGGAAGGAAGUCGCGUAGCGGCAAGCCGCUCGUGAACUUCUUGGCCGGGGGCGCCAACGGCGCCCUGCUAUAUGCGACCGUUGCACGUGAUGGGUCAGUCGCUGACAGGGCGGAUGUCGUGUAUCGCAGGUGGUGGGCCAUCAUCUUGUCCUUUCCUGCGAAGGACGUGAUCGGCUUCUGCACGGACUCCGCCAGUAACUAUACGGCGGCGGCCCGCAAAUUCGCCACCGACCCCGACGCAGACAUCAGGAGGAUCACUUGGCUUCCCUGCUCCACCCACGUCUGCAACUUGAUGUUGUCAGAUGUCGGGACGCGAGUGGGGUGGGUCAAGGAGACCAUCAUCCGUGCCCGAGCGUUACAGCAGAUCCGCGACGGCGAGUUCUGGCGAUGUGUUGACUGUGCCAUCCGCGUUAUGUCGCCCAUCCACCAGCUCUUGAGGAGGAUGGAUAGAGGGGGGAUGAUGAUGUCCAUCGUUUACGAGUGGAGUCAUCAUCUUCUGGAGUUGAUGAGGAGGGUGGAUGUGCCGGCGGACAUGGUCGAGCCGUGCGUGCGCGAGGUUGCCGUCCGCAACCUCCACAUGCUCGAGCCCGCACAUGCUGCGGCACACCUCCUCAACCCUCGCCGCCGGUCCCUCCGAUAUUAUGAGUCGUUGCAGACGACCACCGACGACGCCCAUGUGGUCGAGGAGUGCGACAGAUUUCUGCUCGCACAGACUGGCGGCGAUCCGGUCGGCAGACUGUACAGGACAGUCCGUGACCAGAUCUGGCAUUUCCACUCGCGGCGGGGAGAUUGGGGAUAUCGGCAGCUGUCCGAUGCCGAGGCCGACGACUGUCGGGGGGACCGCGAGACUGAGCGUUGUGCCCAAUGGUGGUUUGAUCACGGACGUCAUCACCCUGAGUUGCACACCAUCGCCAUCCGUGUGAUGGACUUAUGGACGUUCGCCUCUCCUGCGGAGAGGAACUGGGCGCAGCAUGAGCGCAUCAACAGGGUGAGACGCCACAAGCUUGGCUUUGCCAAGCUUGCACAACUGGUUGAGAUUGCCACCAAUCUCAAACUGGCCGGGUGGGCACAGCAGGGUAGUGGCUACGUGUUGCCCUGGGACGUGUUCGGCAAGAGGGCGGUGGAGCUACGGCCGUGGCCGGAGCAGACGUCGGACGCUGAUGCGGACGGCGACACGUCGGACGACGAGUGGACGGACAAUGACGACGUUCCCGUCAGCGGCGACGCGACGGCGGAGCGGGUCUAUUUCACGUACGGCGGAGGACCUGACGACAUGACUCCACACACAUCCGUCAUCACUGACGAUGUGUCGUCCGGUGGUCAGGCCAGUGGCACCGGCAGAGCCGGUGCUCGUGGUCGACGACGACCGCGUGCAGACGAGCAUGUGGAGGAGCAGGAGCCACUCCGAGGCCUUUGGCAGACGGGCAGACGUUGGGAGGUCAGGAGCGACAGCGAGCCGGAGGGGGCGGAGGAGGAGGCGGAGGGUGUCCCCACGGGUGUUGAGGGAGAUGGUGUCGCCAUGGGUGGUGGGGGGGAGGGUGGCGGCGAGGACGAGGACGAGGACGAGUCCGACCAUGGAGACGACCACAGCGACGACGGCGGCGAUGACGACGGCCGCGGCGACGGCGACGAUGGCGGCGACCACGGCGACGACGGUGGCGACUUUGGCGACCACGGUGACGACGGCGACAAUGGCGGCGGCGAGAGAGAGAGAGAGGGUAGGCUGGCUUUGGUCUUGAGGGACCCGUCAGUGCCUUCACUACCUCUCACACGGCCCGAGGCCUUCGCGCAGGCUGGUUUUGAUGCCGACGAUUUGGCGCGACUCGGUUCACAUGACCCUUUCCCCCACACGGGCCGCAGGAGCGGCGAGCGCUCUCCUGGAGGGGCGUAUUCGCGCCCGCCCUACAUCGUGGAUAGCCCUAGAUGGUCUGUUUUUUCGCUCAGCGGCAUUAGAGGGAGGGAGUCCGGGCCGGUUGAUGGCCGGUCAGGCCGCUGCAGUGACGGCGGUGGAUCUGCCGGAUCGAUGCCUCCGCCACCCGCACGGAGCACGGAGGGCGGCGCCGACGCGACUAUGGCCCGUGCGCCCGUUGCCGGUUCCCCGCCGCCUGUCGCAGGUGGUGUUGCCGACGGAUGGGCAGCUCAUCGCCGGGUCUCAGACCGGAUGAGGGUGGAUUACGACGCCGGGAGGGGCGCCUUCGCAGGACGUUUGUCACCUCGGUUUCAGGUUGCGGGCAGCAGCGAGGGUGGCUCCGGACGUCCGAGUCUUCACAUGGCAGGCCGCAUGCUCGGUUUGUCUCGAUCAUCGACGAGGAGAGUUUUGAUCCCACCGUCGAUUCCUGCCCGAGGGACAGCUGCGGACAUGCAGCAGGGUCAGCACUACACAUCCGGCGAGGAGGGGUUGCUGAUGCCUCGUGCGACUAGACGACACAGCGCCGUCACGGAGGUUGAGGCUCGACUCGCAGCAGAGAUCGCCGCCGGCCAGGCUGCAUUGUCAGAGGCAGCGAUAGACGAUUGCUGCAGCGGCGGCCGAGGACGAGGACGCGGACACAGAGUUCGAGCCGAUCGACAUUGCAGUCCGCAGACAUAGUGCGGCCGUGUCCGCGGCAGCCGCGGCAGCACAGGCGCCAUACAUCAGCGGUGCGCAGGGCACAGA